UCUAUUUUUUUUAAUAUAUAAUCUACAUUUUCAUGUCGUUAAUUUUUUCAUACUUUCCUUAUUUAAGGAAAUAUAUUUUUUCAAAGUAUUAAAAAACAUAUCAAUUUAAUUCUGUUUACGACAUUUCAGAUAAAGAUGGACGAUGGCAGGCCGAGGUAAUGCAAACUCCAAAUCCAAAGAAAAAAUAUGGUCCUUUAAUGUAGCCGACCCAACAUUGCACCCCAACGGAUUCACUAUCUACAAAGUAACAUGUAGGGUCUUCACUAUCAGAUCUCCCGAGAGCCUGACUGAGGUUGUGGCAUGGAAGAGAUACAAUGACUUUAAGCAGCUUUACAAAUCUAUGCUAAGUUUGCAUAAAUCCCUGCACAGAAAGGAUGAGUUCCCCAAAUUUGCAAAACCUCUACUGUUUGGGAGGUUUGAUGAGAUGGUUAUCGAAGAAAGACGUCAAAGUUCCCUGAAGCUGCUGCAGUUCAUAGGAACUCACCACUAUCUCUACAACUCCAAGGACUUCACAGCCUUUCUCAAGGCUUCCAGUGAGGUGAAGACUGGGGCAUCAGGAGAAGUCCUGAAACCAUCUAAACUAGAUAUUCUGGCCGAUGACAAAGCUAUAGGGUCAAAUGAUGGGUCACCAUCCACACCGACCAAUCAGAAUGCUAGGGAGGAAGUAGAUAGUCCCCCCUCUAGUGAAGGAAUGACAGACAAGUCAGAACAAAAUGGAGAAGAUGAACUGGAUGGGGUGUGGAACUUUCCCCAGCUACCAGAUAACAUCAGCCUGAACUCAUAUGAGGACACGGAUGACACAGACCCAGGGGAGGUGGACUCAGCCCUGGGGACCCCCCUCCCUGACACAGAUAUCUCCUUCUUUGACCCCCUGAUGUCUGAGGAUCAGCUAAAGCCCCCGGAGUCCACGAUGAGGACCAGCAACAGCUGGCUCUUUACUGCCAUGAACACCUGUGCAGAGAUGGAAAGUGAGAUAAGUGCAGAUAGUCCAGAGACAAAAACAGAGUCUGAUGCAGGAAUACAGUUAUCAUUUGACAACAUUCAAGAAGAAAAGCAGGACCAGCAAAACAAAUCGGAGGAUGCCUGUCCUGUUGUUACCCCAGCAAUACCUGAUAUAUCUGAAUUUGAUCCAAUUCAUAAAAGACCAAAAAGGGGAUCCAAAGUGGAAUGUGGAAAAGGAGACGUUGACCUAUCAGGGCUCUCUGGAAACAAAUCAACCAAUCAGAGUCCUUCAAAGUCUUCAUUAUUACAAUUAUUACCCAGGAGUCCAUUCAAAGCAAGAAGCUCAACAAUGGAGAGUGUAUCCACCAUGGACCUUGGUGGAAAAGAGGACUACAUCUACGUAGCAGCCAGUCAGAUCUGUCUUGCCCAGGAGUGUGAGGCAAAUGGAAAAUACGACUUGGCCUUCAGUUAUUACAAGACUGGAGUGGGAACUCUUCUAGCUGGUGUACAAGGUGACAAGAACAAAGGAAGGAGAGACGCUGUUCGCAGGAAGACGGCUCAGUAUCUGCUGAAGGCAGAGGACUUGUACAACAGGCACCUGUCUAAAGAGAUCCUGGACGAUAGGAGAUGGGCAACAGAAAACAGUAAAAUUCCUCCUUCAAUGGAUCUGGAUCCAGCAAUUGCCAUGUUGAAAGGAUCUUUAUCUGAAUUGAAGAAUUUCAAGGUGUUGGGUACAAUUGAUAAAGUGCUAUUGGUGAUGGAUAAAACAAGUGAUGAAACUUAUGUCGUCAAGGUGGUUCACAAGGCCAGUUCUUGCAGCAGGAAGUACAAGACCAUCUUCCCGACCAAUUGUCCAUAUAUGGUACAUCUUAACAAAUUUUUUGAGACAGACUACGCCAUUUAUCUCCUUCUCCAGCAUGCAACAGGAGGGAAGCUGUGGAAUUACAUUGGCUCAUAUCUCACAGGGAGACAUGGAUCCAAACAUUUAGGUGAUGUAGAUGAUUCGCAAGUGUGUGGUGGAAAUGUGUAUGCAGGUGUCAAAUUACAUGAAGAUGAUAAUGCUAUCUCAGAUAGCAAAGGGUUGGAUGUGUGUAGUGAAAAAACUACUAGUGUGUCGAAAGUUUUACAUAGCUCAGAAAACUCAGACCUGAAGUUUUUGGCAGAGGGAAGUAAUGUAACCAGUGAUAUUUUAGAUAUUAAUGUUAAAUUUUCUAACAGUAAAUCUGAUAAGAAUGUGAAACAUGUGACUUCAGACGAUGCAGGAUCAUCCCAAAAGAAGCCCAACUACAGUAGAUUUGAGAGUAUUUCCUCAGAGGAGAACUUCAAUGACAGUGAUAUGUCUGAAUUUAGAAAUAAUUCUUAUGAGCAGAGAGACUCCACAUUUCAAGAUUUAUUGAAAAACAACACGACUCAUUUGGAAAACUUUAGCAUUAAUAGUUUUGACAGCACAGACGACCACAGUCGACUCAAUAGCUUUGUGUCGGACCCAGUGUCCACUAUUUUAGAGGAGAGUGAGUUAUCUCCCUCUCACUCUAUUCCAAGAACAGAAUCGGACAAUGUGUUCAGUGAAGAGAGAGCCCUCCCUGAGGAUGCCAAGUCUAUUGUACAGAAUUCUAAGGCAUUGAUUAAAGCUGUGGAAAGGACGUUAUCUCAGUCAGAUGUAGAGAUAAAGAAAGAGAUCUCAAGUGAUUCUGAAGACAGAGAUUCAUGUAAAGAAAUUAGUGAUGGUGUCAGCAGGCAAUCUGAAGUUGUUACAUCAGGGAAUAGCAGUGACACGAUGAUAGAUGAUAGUGAUUCAAAUGAACUUAGUAUUUACGAUAUCCACCGAAACAAAGAGGAAACUAGUUCCUCAGGGUCCAGUGAGGACCAGCUUAAGUGCCAUACCACCGAAGAAAUUGACCCCACCGAGGACUGUGAUAGGAAGGAUACUCUAGUCAGCUCUGCGAUGGAAGACCUGUGUAAAGAUCUUUCUGAGAACGCGAGCAGGAAAUCCUCCAGAUCCUCCACAUUGGUAGAUAAUUCAGAGAGAAAGAACAGUAUUCCCGUAGCUAAGUUGUCCAUAAAGAGAUUAAAUUCCACCGAGCUGUGUCGCUCGGCUACCAUGGAGCACGAACUGACAUCUCCACCCAGAUCUCGCCAGAGGACGGUGUCUGAUGUGUUUAAAGAGCUGGACUCAACGGCCGCUAAAUCGGAACAGAUUCUGAUUCCAGAGGCAUGUAUCAGACACUGGAUGGCGGAGAUAGUGACAGCAAUCUCUAAACUCCACUCGGAGGGAAUCAUAUGCAGGGAUUUAAAGCCGGACAACGUUCUUCUGGGAGAGAGGGGACAUGUCCUAUUGACCUACUUUUGCACCCUGAGCCAGGUUGAGCGGGCUCUCGACCCAGUGGCUGUCGAGGAACUGUUUGUGGCACCAGAGGUGACUGGAGUGGGUGGAUAUAACGAGAGCUGUGAUUGGUGGAGUGUGGGAGCUCUAAUGUACGAGCUGGUUGUGGGCAGGACCCUGAUUAGCUGUCACCCCGGUGGAAUCACCUCCCACUCUCCCAUCUACCUCCCUGACCACAUCUCAAAGGAGGCCCAGGGACUCCUUAAACAGCUGCUGUGUUUUAAUCCACGGGAACGACUAGGCAAUGGUUGGAAUGGUGCAGAGGACAUCAAGUCUCAUCCAUUUUUCCAAGGCAUAAACUGGAACAAUUUAGAAAAUUAAUUAUUGAUCACAAAAAAACAGAUUGUGAUUUUUAUGAAGUGAAGCAACGAGAAACUCGAGAAUACUGCAAUAAAGUUUUUACUAUUUACA